AUGCUGCCGACCACUUCAGUUAGUUCCCGGAGCCAGGGCAAUGGUGUGCUGAGCCCCAGGGAUGCCGCGAGGCACACAGCGGGAGCGAAGCGCUACAAGUACUUGCGGAGGCUCUUCCACUUCCGACAGAUGGACUUCGAGUUUGCUCUUUGGCAGAUGCUUUACCUGUUUACUUCACCACAGAGGGUUUAUAGGAACUUCCACUACAGAAAACAGACAAAGGACCAAUGGGCAAGAGAUGAUCCCGCUUUCUUAGUACUUCUCAGUAUCUGGCUCUGUGUGUCUACUGUAGGAUUUGGAUUUGUGCUGGACAUGGGGUUUUUUGAAACAAUAAAGCUGCUACUUUGGGUUGUAUUCAUCGAUUGCGUAGGUGUUGGCCUCCUGAUUGCAACUCUGAUGUGGUUCAUUUCUAAUAAGUACUUGGUGAAGCAGCAGAACAGAGACUAUGAUGUGGAGUGGGGAUAUGCUUUUGAUGUGCAUCUGAACGCUUUCUAUCCACUUCUAGUCGUUUUGCAUUUUAUCCAGCUGUUUUUCAUCAACUAUGUCAUCAUAUCCGAUUCUGUCAUUGGGUAUUUUGUUGGGAAUACAUUAUGGCUGAUUGCAAUUGGCUACUACAUCUAUGUGACAUUCCUAGGAUACAGUGCGUUGCCCUUUUUGAAGAACACAGCUAUUCUUUUGUAUCCAUUCGCCCUUCUCAUCCUGCUCUACUUGAUCUCCUUGGCGUGUGGAUGGAACUUCACCAAAAUGCUUUGUUCCUUCUAUAAGUACAGAGUGAAAUAAACCCAGGACUUCAUGCAUCUAAUGUUUAUUUUGGUUUAUCUUGGCUGUCUUGACAGUAAAGAAAAGAGCAUUUUGUAAAUGGUUGUAAAUUUCUCUUUAUUGUAGAUAAUUGUGUAAAAAAGUUUGAAGUGUCCUUUUUUUUUAUUAAAAUAUUUACAACAGUAAACA